AUGUCGCAAGGAAAUCUCGCCGCCUUCCCGGGUCGCAAUGUCUACGCAUCCUCGAGCAAGCUGCCCGACCGCACGGCGCAGAGACCCGGCACAGUUGGCGCACCUGCACCUGCGCCUCCCCAGCCGCAACACAACACACAAUCGACCUUCGGGCGCCGGCCCGACACCCAAACAACAUAUCAGUACGCACCGCCUCUGCACCAGCAGGCGCAGGCGCAUGCGAUGCCCGGGGCCGGCCGACAGAGCACCACCGAGAAGGAACCCAACGCGCUGAGCGAGCUGAGCGAGGAACAGCGCGACGAGAUCAAUGAAUCGUUCUCCCUCUUCGAUCUCGACCGCGACCGCCACCUCGACUACCACGAGGUGCGCGUCGCGCUGCGCUCGCUGGGCUUCACCGUGCCCAAGGCCGAAAUCGCCAACAUCAUGCACACGCAGGGCGUGCCGAAGCCGAGGUUCAAGAGAUCGGGCCUGGGGCGAAAUGCCACACAAUCACAUUCGUACCACGUCAGCCAGCUGCUGCUCGCGCAGGUGCCCUUCCAGCGGAUCGCAGCCCAGAAAAUCUUCGAGCGUGAUCCCGCGGAGGAGGUCGAGCGCGCGCUGCUCCUCUUCGACCCGGAGCAGAGGGGGUAUAUCGAGGUGGACGAUAUACGGCGCGUGGCACGCGAGCUGGGCGAGACGGGGCUCACGGAGGACGAGAUCCACGCUAUGAUUGAGGAGUUUGAUUACGAUGGCACGGGCAGUGUCGCGAAGGAGGCGUUUUACGCGAUUUGUUUGCAAUGA